AUGCUCGCAACACGGCUCCUCCAGUCGGCCGCACGCACGUACAAAGCGCGGCAUCCAUGGCCGCCAGACUUCUCGCUGCUCAGCCAGAAGGAGCAGUUCCGCCUCGAACGUCGAUACCGCCGGCGCGCAAAGCUGAAGUGGGCACGUCCACGCCUGAUGAAGGCGGUUACGUUUACGCAGUGGGGGAGCGUUGCUUUUGUGCUGGGCUAUGGUGUUUUCUGGGCCGAUUGGGGUAACGAUGGGCAUAUUUUCCUCCCGAUACGCAAUUGGGUCGCAGAGAAGAAGGCCAGCUUCUGGUCCGUGCAGGUUCCCGCGGCGCCACAGUCGGCUGCGGGGGGAAGAGCUACCCCUGCUACGGACGAACGGAAGUGA